UGUCCCAAAGCCAAGGCAGACAAAUUUAGCUCUUCUGAUCUCUCUCGGUCUCGUUCUCUCUGUGCCACAAGCCAGUGCCUUGCCUUUCCCCGGAGUUCCUACAAGCUGUUGAUUCUGUUCCUCUGAAAUAUCCAAGAGAGUCCUGGUGUGGGGCAGGCAUCAAAGGACAUGUGGCUCCUCCUUCCUAUCUGUGGGAUCUUCAUAGCAAACUCAGCGGCAGAAUCCCCCAAGGAUCAGCCUCAUGACCCCUUCAAGUAUGAUUACUACUCGCUGAGAGUUGGAGGCUUGGUGUUUGCAGUUGUCCUGUUUCUGAUGGGCAUCCUGAUUAUUUUUAGCCGGCACUGCCGUUGCAAGUUCAACCAGCAGCAAAGGACUGGAGAACCGGAUGAAGAGGAAGGAACUCUGCGCAGCUCAAUCCGGCGUUUAUCCACAAGGAUGAGAUAGAAGACAUUGGAACUGGAUUAUCUUCUUUUGGACCUCUGGGGUAGCUGUAUAUCUUCCUCCUCCUGGAUCUGGAGCGUUCCCCUCCUUUGUUCUGCCUGGUCUUAGUCCUCCCAGCAAGGCCACAUUGCUUGCCACAACUCCAGUGAAUUCCAGAACUGGUUGCCUCCGGGGUCAUCCGAAACCCAACUGAGCCCCCUUACCAAGACCUUCCCCUUCUGUUUUGGCUUGUUGCUUGAAGUCUACUGCUUCUCAGAGAGGGAGGGCAGCCUUCUAACCAUUGGCCUUCGGCCGAAUUCUAGUGACCGUGAAGGAUUCUAACUCCUGAGGUCAGCUCAAGCUGCUUUUACAGCAGGGCCCUGUCUGAGCUCUUCCCCUUUAAAAAGCUCUUCUUGGGCUUCUGGAUAAAUAAAAACCCCUUGAGUCAA